CCCCCCCGGCUGCUGGGCUCAGAGCCUCUACAGCCAGGCCCCUGUUUACUUCCUUUCCUGGAAAAGGGGCACUGUCCUCACACCCCAGCCUGAAACCAAGGUGCACACUGACACCACAGCCCACCUGUAACUGCUCACCGUUUGGGGACUACACCCUGGAGGUGGUCAGAGGGGGGACCAAAGAGCCUGAUCAAGGGCCUAUUAUUGGUAGGAGUUUCCAUAGCCCCCCCUCCAGGAGGUCAGAGGUUAGACACAUGGGCCUGCUCACUUUGAUGGGGGGGGGUGGUUGGGAGGACAUGGAGAUUCCCCUGCUUCCCUGGUGUGGCAUCGUGGGGGGUCCCCAGGAAGCAGGCCACCCUGCCCAGCUGGCCCUUCCCCAAGUGUGCAGGGUGGCCCCGACCGGGGGUCUCCUUGCCAGAGCCCCUCACCUCGCCCUAGGCCCCAGCCUCUGCAACCUCCCCCACACCUCAGGCCUGGCCUCAGGAAGUGCAGCCCCGGUGGGCUGGGGCGGGCCCAGAGGAAGGAGCCCUUGACUCAGAGCUACAGGAAGAGCAGGGGCAGGCGGGGCUGUGAGAACCGCGACUGCCCGCCUGCCUGGAGGGGUGGGUGCCGGGUGGGGUUUCGGUUCAGGAGAGGAUGUGACCGAGAGGCCAGGAAGCUUCGGAAAAGUCCCGAUCAAACGCGAACAAAGCCAGGUCCUCACCCGUUUGGCAGCGGGUCCAGGGCAGCCUCGGGGCUUCGGGCUGGGCCAGGGGCCCUGCUGGGCAGAAUUUGCCCCCAAGCACAGGUCAAUGACCUCUAUGACUGCACCCCCCGCCCGAGAAACGAGCCGGAACCAGGUGACUCGGCGUCCUCCCACGGCGGCCCGCUGCUCAGUGUGGGCCUGAACCCUCCUCCUCUCCUGCCUGCCUGCCCAGGCCAGGCAGAGGGGGGGCCACAGCAUGUGCAGCAGCUAGCACGCCUGUGACAGUGAGGGACGACAGGAGCCUCUGACUCAUCCUGGCGCCCUGACUGACCUGCUGAGAAGACAGAGAGGGCAUCCUGCCCAGCCCUCGGGGUCCCGUCUGCUCAGCUGAGGAGCCCACCCAGCCAGGGGUAGCACCGUGUCAGACUAUGGCAGAUGUCUGCAGCAGGCCCCCCGACUUCCUCUCCCCUUCUGGAGACCAGACACUGGCACCAGCCCUGGGCAGUGUGGUCACUCUGAACUGCACGGCCUGGGUGGUCUCUUCACCCCACUGUCCUCUGCCCUCAGUCCAGUGGCUGAAAGAUGGGCUGCUGCUGGGCAAUGGCAGCCACCACGGCCUUCACGAGGACUCCUGGGUCAAGGCCAACUCGUCUGAGGUGCUUGUAUCCAGUGUCCUGGGGGUCAACCUCACCGGUGCUGAGGACUACGGGGCCUUCACCUGCUCCGUCUGGAAUGUCAGCUCCUCCUCCUUCACUCUCUGGAGAGCUGGCCCCGCAGGCCACCUGGCGGCCGUGCUAGCCUCGCUGCUGGUCCUGCUGGCCCUGCUUCUGGCGGCCCUGCUCUACGUGAAGUGCCGGCUCAAUGUGCAGCUCUGGUACCAAGACAACUACGGGGAAGUGGAGAUGAACGACGGGAAGCUCUACGAUGCCUACGUCUCCUACGGCGACAGCCCCGAAGAUCGAAAGUUCGUGAACUUCAUCCUAAAGCCGCAGCUGGAGCGGCAACGGGGCUACAAGCUCUUCCUUGACGACCGCGACCUCCUGCCGCGGGCAGAGCCUUCCGCCGACCUCCUGGUGAACCUGAGCCGCUGCCGACGCCUCAUCGUGGUGCUGUCGGACGCCUUCCUGGGGCGGGCCUGGUGCAGCCACAGUUUCCGGGAGGGCCUGUGCCGGCUGCUGGAGCUCACGCGCAGGCCCAUCUUCAUCACCUUCGAGGGUCAGCGGCGCGACCCCGAGCAUCCUGCGCUGCUCCUGCUGCGCCAGCACCGCCACCUGGUGACCCUGCUGCGCUGGAGGCCCGGCUCCGUGACGCCUUCCUCCGAUUUUUGGAAAGAGCUACAGCUGGCGCUGCCACGGAAGGUACAAUACCAAACGAGGGAGGGAGACCCGCAGACUCGGCUGCAGGAUGACAAGGACCCCAUGCUGAUUGUGCGCGGCCAUGUUUCAGAGGGUCGGACCGUGGACCCGGAGUUGGACCUCGACCCCGAGGGGGACCUGGGUGUCCGAGGCCCUGUCUUUGGGGAGCCACCAGCUCCACCACUGCAUGCAAGUGGGGUCUCGCCAGGAGAGGCCCGGGGCUGUGAGGUGGACAUCUCUGACCUUGGCUCCCGCAACUACAGCGCCCGCACGGACUUCUACUGCCUGGUGUCUGAGGAGGACAUGUAGGUGGCCCCUCACCUCCAAUGGUGUCACAGGGUGCCAGGGACAGCUGGGAGUGGGACCUUGAGCCCUGCCUACCUGUGGCCCUGGGACCUGUCCUUUUGCCAGAAAAAUAAAGUCUUUUUGGACCCUG